UCAGUUCGCCUGUCAGAUUGACAGCGUUAACAUGCUGGCUAGUCGCUAGUACAUCGGCCACACCUGGAUGCCGGCUUCAAAUCGCUCGUGUGAAACGUAGAGACGCCGCGUCAAGGUCGUAGAAGAAGAGAGCGAAUAUCACUCAAGGAAAGAUUAUCUCUGUUGUAUUAGUCGACCAGGAGAAGCUCUGUACGCCAGGUGCGCUUGAGCCGUAACUGCGACAUCUAGAAGUGAACCAAAGUGAGGAUUAUUGGGUCCAAAUUUUCAAAUUCAUCUACGGGUACCUUGACAGUCUAUCUAGAAGUGAUCAAAGUUAGAAUCAUUGGGUACAAAUUUUGAAAUUCAUCUACAGAUACCGUAACUGUCUACCUAGAAGUGAACCAAAGUGAGAACCAUCGGGUAAAAUCUUUCAAAAUUCAUCUACAGAUACCGUAACGGUAUCUAUAAGUGAAUCAAAGUGAGAACCAUUGGGUACAAAUCUUCAAAUUCAUUCGAGGGUCUAUCUAGAAGUGAACAAAAGUGAAAACCGUUCGAUACAUUCAUACAUAUUUCAAAAUUCAUUUGCGGGUACCGUAACGGUCUAUCUAGAAGUGAACCAAUGUGAGAACUAUCUAGAACCAUUAGGUACAAGUUUUCAAAUUCAUUUAAGGGUAUAGAAGUGAACAAAAGUGAAAACCAUUGGAUACAUUAAUACAUAUUUUAAAAUUCAUGUGCGGAUAUCAUAACGGUCUUUGAGCUCCGUACUGUAAAUACCGAAAGGUAGAAAUUGAGAGCUCCUCUGCCAGAAGUUGCAAGCUAUAAGAAAGUGAAAGGUGCCUCUUUAUGUGAUUCGACUAUAAGUAACAUAACUGAAUAGCCUACACGUGUUUGUUAUGAGUUGUAGCAGAGAUUAAAUAUUUUCUCUGUGGUUUUAGAUUGUAUCACGUGUGGAGAUUACAGUAGACCUACACGUGCUUUGUUUUGAGUUUUAGUCUCGCUUGUGGAGAUUAAACUCACUACAUGUGAUUGUUUUGCUUGGGAUCGUGCUUGUAGAGAUUACAGUAGGAACCUGUGCUGGAGUCGAGGUUCCAGGAGAUUAUCUCUACUGAAAGAGGAGGUAGAAGAGUUUAGAAGUGUUCUAGAAUAUUACUACUUUUUCACUACCUAUCUUUUUACGGAUAUCUACAGAGUGAAUAAAAGGUGAAUAAAAAGUGUUUGGAUUAUCAUCAUGGUCAUUAUCACUCCCGAAGAAAUGGCUACCAGGAAAACGGACAAUUUUGUCAAGAAAAAUCUGUUGACAAUUUUGACUGUGGGUGGAGUAAUAGGAGGAGUUAUAGUUGGGUUGAUCCUUAAGAACUCUGCAAGUGAGAGAUGGACGGGUCGAGAAGUUAUGUACGUCCAGUUCGUCGGUGACGUGUUCCUGCGUAUGCUGAAGGGCCUGAUGAUCCCCCUGGUGGUGUCGUCGAUCGUGUCGGCGAUCGGAUCGCUCGAUCUGAGCCUGUCGCGUCUGAUCGGCACACGUGCCGUCUGCUGGUACCUGUGCACCACCCUGUUGGCGGUCGUAGAGGGCAUGCUGCUUGUCAGCCUCAUUCAGCCGGGAGUCGGCACACAGAGCGUCCUCGAGUCGUCUGCAAGCAUCGGACGUAACAUCACUACUGUUGACACGCUGCUAGAUCUUGUGAGGAAUAUGUUCCCGUCCAAUAUCUUCGAAGCAUGCAUAGCUCAGUACAGGACAGUACUUGUUCCACCAAAGAACGCAUCCUUGGAAGGUAACAUAAUGAACUGGGAUGUGAGCUCUGAGACAGCCAAGGGCUCCAACAUUCUGGGUCUAGUUGUGUUCGCAUCGGUGCUUGGAAUAGCGAUCGGCCAAUCAGGGCCAAGCGGCGCUCCCGUCCUCAGGUUCUUCCAAUCCAUGGGCGAUAUCAUCAUGUUGAUGACGAAUUGGGUCAUAUGGUUAUCACCGGUGGGAAUUUUCUUUCUGGUGACGUCGAAGAUAGUCGAGAUGUCAAGCAUCACAGAAGUGAUGGGGCAGCUGGGGCUUUACUUCGCCACUGUCAUGAUUGGUCUCCUCUUCCACGGCCUCAUUCUGCUGCCCACCUUCUUCUUCCUCUUCACACGUCGUCUGCCGUUCUCCUUCAUCGGAAACAUGAGUCAGGCGAUUGUCACCGCUUUCGGAACGGCUUCCAGUUCGGCGACUCUACCUGUGUCGAUGCACUGCGUUGAGGAGAAGAACGGCGUCGAUCCGCGUGUGUCACGCUUCAUCCUGCCGAUAGGCGCCACUAUUAACAUGGACGGCACUGCCCUCUACGAAGCCGUCGCGGCGCUAUUCAUCGCCCAACUGCGAAAUGUCGAUCUGAGUCUGGCUCACAUCAUUGGUGUUAGUAUAACGGCGACCCUAGCAAGUAUUGGAGCCGCAGGCAUUCCUCAGGCUGGCCUUGUAACUCUGGUGAUGGUACUGGAUACAGUCGGUCUGCCUGCCGAAGAUGUCACGCUAGUCAUCGCCAUCGACUGGAUCUUGGAUCGAUUCAGAACGACCGUGAAUGUCCUUGGGGAUGCCAUAGGAGCCGGAGUGGUCAAUCAUGUAAGCAAAGACGAGCUGAAACUGAUGUCAGAAGUAUCUAUGAAGAUGAAAACUAUGAACGGCGAAAGCGAACCACAAAUUGAGAGCAAUCACUUAUAGAUCACAAUCACAAGAUUCUCUUGAGAAAUUUGGGAGAAUAAAGCCUCGUAAUGUAUUUUACAGGAAAACAUUAUUUGAAUAAUAUUAAUUGGUUGACUCAAAUCUGAUGUUACACGAUUAUACUACUGAUUUUCUAAAAUCGAAAUACUACAUAGAAUAAUUAAUUAAAUAAUACGAGCAGGUGUUACGCAAGGAUCUGUUAAGAGCACUGAGAUUGAAUUCAGUUUUAUGGUUCUUUGCUAUUAUUGAAAGUAUUAACUACUGUAAUAAUUCACAUUGGAAAAACUAUAUUUGAUUGGGCUUCUAUCUCAAGUAAAGAUAAAUUGAUUAACCUAUAAUAUAAUGAAGGAAAAAAUUGGCUUAUACACGUAUAGGAAAGGAAAUUCACGAAUGACGCGCAUCAUCACGUCUAAACUACUGGACUUAUUAACUUGAAAUUUCGCAUAAAGAUUCUUAAUUUACCGAGUAUGGUUAUAGGUCUAUUUAAGAUUACUCAACAUUUCAGUUCUAAGUUUGUCAAGAUUUCAGUUCUAAGUUUCUCAAGAUUUCAAUUGGAACCUUGCGAAGCACAGGGUACCUGCUUGUUGCUUAAUAUAUAUGGAAAUUGGCCUAUAACUAUCCUUGGUAAAUAAGGAAUCCUCAUGCAAAAUUUCAAGUUAAUCAGUUCAUCAGUAGAUACGUGAUGAUGCGCCAUCAUAUGUUUUGUAUCCCGCAAAUGUAUAAGACAAUUCCUUCCUUACAGUAUAAUAGUACAUAUAGAUCACGGUAACAUUAUUGGGAUAGUAUAUAUAACUCGAAUAGACAAAUAAUAAAUAUUAUCAUUCCCCAACUAAUGUCUUCUAUUUAGUUAGAAAAUGUUACGAGAAUAUUGACCAAUUACAAGUCCCUUUGAGGGUCUUGCUGUAAAUAUUACCUUAUACACUCUAGAUCUCCACACUUGAUAUAGGUUCUAAUCUUAUUUCAUAAUCCAAUAUGACAUUAGAAUUAGCUGCUACUUAGCUCAUAAGUAUAACAAAACUUAUAAUUUUUGUGAUUACAACAAUUUUUAUUUCAUGUUUUGUCUCUUACCUAUUAUCGGAAAUAAAUAAACUCUUGAAUAGC